AUGCCCAUUACGCACCCGUCCGACGGCUUCGGCUUCGGCAGCGGUGUCCAUGGUACUGCCCCUCCUCCGGGGUCCCAUGGCGCAAGCCUCUGGAACUCCUCACAGAGUUCGGACCUUCGCCUUCCAGUCUCACCUCAGCAACGUCACCUCGCCUCGCUUCGCUCGGCUCGGCUCCCCCCAACCCCUAGACACUAG